AACAUAUUUGGCCUAAGAAUCACUAUGAACGAGUUCAAAGUGCCCGCUCCACUGCCCAAACCCAAGGUGAUCAUCACAGAGAAGCCGCGCUCGGAAGUUCCCGCCGAACCGCCGCCUCCGCCGCCAAAGCCUCCCAAAUCCUCUCCAGCAGCCGUCUGUCCCUACAAGGUGCCCAAGUGGUCGGCUCCACCGGCCAGCGAUCAGAACUACAGCUUCGAGGUGCUCAAAUCCGGCCAGAUCAUCGACACUGUGCGCCAGCUGCAGCAACAGGCGGUGUGGACCUUCGGACGCCUGCCGGAGAACGAUGUGCCCGCCGCCCAUCCGACGAUCUCGCGCUUCCACGUGGUGCUGCAGUACAAGCCCAAGGUGCCGCCGAAGGCGGACUUCGAGGAGGGCGGAGAGGCGGAAGAGAUGGAAGACCCAGAGGAACUAACCAAAAACGAGCAGCCGGAGGGUUGGUACAUCUACGACAUGGGCAGCACACACGGCACCUUUCUGAACAAACAGCGCGUGCCGCCGAAGGUCUACAUCCGCAUGCGGGUCGGCCACAUGCUCAAGCUGGGCGGAAGCACUCGCGUUUACAUUCUCCAGGGUCCCGGCGAGGAUGAAGAACCCGAAUCGGAGCUAUCGGUCACUGAACUAAGGCAGAAAAGAGAGAAGGAACUCGCCGACGCGGCGGUGGAGAGGGAAAUCCGGAUGCUGGAGGCCGAGGAGCGGGAACGCAACGAGGGCGUCAGCUGGGGCAUGGGCGACGACGCCGACGAGGAGACGGAUCUCAGCCACAAUCCCUAUGCCAGCACCAAUAACGAGGAGCUCUUCUUCGAUGACCCGAAGAAAACGUUGCGCGGCUUCUUCGAGCGCGAGGGUCUCAAUCUGGAGUACAGGUGCGAUGAGCUGUCCAGCGGUUCCUUCGUUUGCCGUGUGGAGCUGCCGCUGGACGACUCCCAUGGCAGGCCAAUCAUUGUGGAGGUCAAUCACAAGGGACGCAAGAAGGACUGCGUGGUGCAGUGCGCCCUGGAGGCGUGUCGCACGCUCGACAGGCACGGUGUGCUGCGACAGGCCAACCAGGAGGCGCAGAAAAGAAAGAUACUCAAGAAAGGCGACUCUGAUGACGAGGAUGAGUUCUGGGAUCGCACUGGGGAUGUGGCGCGCAAGAAGCAGCGCAAGGAGAAUGCAGGAGCCAGUGUCACGCUCACCUAUGAGGAUUUGCUAAAACAGGAGAUUGAACUCAACCUGGAAAUGGAAAAAGUGGAGCAGGAAAUCGCAACCUACCAGCAAAAGGAGAAAAAGUUGAAGGAGCUGGCCGCCAAGCAGCAAAACGAAGGCGAUGAUCUGGAUAACUUCAUGGACAUGCUCAGCGAAGAUGUUGAGAAACUGGACAAGACCGAGAUCAAAAAGCUGAGGUUGGAGCAGCAGCGUCUGAAGGGUGAGCAACUGAAGGUUGAACGUCUCUUGAAGAUAGCCAAGCCAACGGCUCUGCCAUUCGCCACCAGCAUUGCGGCAGCCACGAAGGAAUCGGUCGCCCAGGAGGGCAGUGCAACCAGGAAACAGCUGCCCAUGAUUGGCAAGAGAAAUCAGUUUAGUAAAUUCAAGGUGGUCAAAGCGCCGCCGAGCACACAAACUAAGCCCCAAUCAAAUGCAUUUGCCUCGGAUGAGGAGGAGGUCGAAGAGGAAGAAGCCAAGGAGGAAAAAGAAGCGGAGAAAUUGGACAGCGGAGAGGCGGAACAGGAAGCUGUGGCAAAAACAACGACUACGGAGAAUAAGAACUUGCCGGAAACCAAACUCCCUGCCGAAACGGAAGAGGGCAAACCAACAAACGCCGAAGCGGAAGUCUUAAAACCAGACAACGUGAUGUCAACAAAAGUUUUAGCGGAAGUGUCAACAGUUCCCAGCGACACUGUUGCUUCAACGACGCCAUCAGAAUCAGAAUCGGUGGAAGACAAAACCACUAGCGCCACAGCAGACGACACUAUGGACACUCCGGGGGCAGAGGAGGCGCAGAAGAAGCGACGUCAACGUCAAAGACAGCGCAAUAAACAGCGGCAGGAUGUGGACAUGGACCUGGACGAGCUGGCCGAGCACGAGGAUACCGAGAAGUACGCCAAGUGGGUGCCACCAACCAACCAGAGCGGCGAUGGCAUCACCCAUUUGAACGAGAAGUUCGGCUACUAGCCCAGCAGUAGCGUUCAAAACACUUGAAAUAUUCAGCUUAGGAAUACUUUUAAGCUAGUCUAGACCUGUAAUUGCUGUAUUCUCUAAGACCCUCUCAAUGUAACUUUGUAAAUGUUAAA